AUGAAAUUUGCUCUUGCUGAAGAUAAUCCUGCAUUGAAGCAUUACCUUGCUGCGAUCUCUCUCAUUUUGAAAGAUCGCGCAAGUGAGCAUACUUCCAAGGUUGCUCUGAUUGUCUGUAUAUUGUUUGUCAACUUCGAGAAUCUUCGAGGAUAUUAUGGCGCUGCACUUCGUCAUGUAGAUGGGGGAAUCCGUAUUCUCUCACAAAUGCUAUCUAAGCAGAAGUCAGAAAAUCGAGGACAGUCGCUAAAGGGUGCGGAUUCAUACGUUCCAAUGUCACUACUUAUCAAAAUGUUCACUCGUCUCGACGUGGCUGCUAGCCAAAUCGUGAUAACCCGACCGCUUUUACUGGAGGGUGCUGAUUUUCCGGCUCGUCUUGACUUGCCCAGUUCCUCUCUUGAUGAAAUCAACAAUACUCUCGGCGACAUCCUCACCGCAGGAUUCAAGCUCGUCCGAUACGCUUGGAUGUGUCCAGCUGGCGCUCUCUACGAAAAGCUCCGUCAAAGACAUCUCCAAGAGCUGUAG